GCGUGGCUAUGGCGGCACACUGUUCGGUGGUGGAGGCGGCUGUGGCGGGACCGGAGGAGCUGGUAUGCGAGCAGGGCCGGAACCGCAAGGCCGUGCUGUGUCAGCGCUGCGGCUCUCGCGUCCUUUUGCCUGGGGCCGCCACCUUUACCCGCAGAGAGCUUUUUCUUCCUGCCAUGAAGAAGAAGACAGCACUAGUGGGUGACAAUGAUCUGGAAGGGGAUGUCCUACAGGACCACUGGCUUGUUGAUGACAUGUUUUCUUUUGAAAAUGUUGGGUUCACCAAGGAUGUUGGAAACAUAAAGUUCUUAAUCUGUGCAGACUGUGAAAUUGGUCCUAUUGGCUGGCACUGCUUGGAUGAUAAGAAGAGUUUCUAUGUCGCCUUGGACCGAGUGUCUCAUGAAUGACAUGCAGAUUGGUGACCAAAAGACUCAGGAGCUCCUGUCAAGCCUGCUAGGCCAUCCUAAGAUACCCAGUGAACUUACGUCAACUUUGUAAUGUCAAAAUGCACCCUUGAAAAUAGCAUUGGUAUGGUGCAUCAGAAGAAAUAUCUGUUUAUAUUGCUUGUUAACUCGCCUUCUGAUUUAAGUGUUGCCAUGACUCCUGGUCCUGUAUCAUCCCUUGCAGAUUGAUAUGAAUAUAUUUUGAAACAAAGGCCAUUCUAUGCAAACUGGUGGAUCGCCUUGUUUAAAUAUUGAGUAAAAGAUACACUGAACUGUUUGUCCUCUGAGAAAUUACUAUAUAAUGCUAUUGGGAAUAAGCUUUCUAGACAUUUUUUCCAGCAUCAUAAGGAGAUUUAAGGUUUUCUUAUGUAUCUUGGACCAAAGGAUGGCAUACUUUUGAUUUUAAUGUUUACAGGCAUGGUGGCUUUAUCUGUCCAUUUCCACUUUAUGGGGAUAAUCUGUUAUUGAAAGCCAGGUCCUAGUUUCAGAAGAACAUGUUAAGUGGGGGAAGGUAAGUUUUGAGGGUAGGGGAAAAAGGCGUUUUAGAACUGUAAAAAGGUAAUUCCACUGGAAACUCUUUAUGAAUAUUUGUAUUUAAUUAAACUUAAACCAAGCUUC